GAGAUUCCUAAAAAAAAAUGUUCGAAGACCUGUCCAUUUCGUCCAAAGAAAUUGCCGAUGGAAAUAACUAUGAUUUCGAUGAAUCCUGGGGUAGAGUAAUUCAUCAAGUUCUUGAAUUAUUAAUUCGGAGCAAAGUUGCGUUAUUAACAAAAGCCGACCCAGCUUCCUUCAACGAUCCACAUGACAAGGUCUUGACCUCUAAAGACCAGGAUCAAAAAAUAAUUCUACAUUAUUCAAAUGGCAUUUUGGUACCUUACGAUUCAAGUGGUGACAAAGAAGUGCACAUUGCUAUUAGCAUCCAGUCCUUAUAUACAAUAAUAUUCAAAAAAGUUUUCGUUCCCUGGAUGCAGAAAAAGGACAAACUUACCAAUAAAAUCUACUUGGUUGCAAAAGUAGGGAAAUUCGUUGUUGGUAUCGUCGUCAAAAUGUCCUCAGUUAAUAAGUUAGUCGAACAUCAGAAACAUCAGAUAAAAGAUGUCAAAAUGUCCUCGGUUAAUAAACUAGUUGAACCUCAGCAAACGAAAGAAAAAUUGGUAUUCCGCAAAGAAGUAAUCAAUACGCCCAUUUACCAAAAAUAUGGUAAAUAUCCUCGGGCAUAUACUACUGAAACCGAAAUGUUGUGGAAGUUAUUUGUCAAAUUGUUCGAUUAUGAGAAAGCACAUUUUGGAAUCACGUACAAAUCUUUAGCAGAUGACAUUGGGCAAUUGGGAUUUAAUAUAACUAGGCAAACGUUGUCUAAUUUUUAUCGUCAUGUUUCAGCUCCUCAGUCAGGAACAAGAAAAGCUAUUUGGGCUUGGAUUAACUGUGUUAUCAAGGGCUAUGUAACCAACCGUGUUUUAUAAACCAUGGAAAGGUUGUGGACAGUAUUUACUAGGAUAUAAUAGUUAGAUCAUUCGUUAACAUACCGAUUUUGUUUACCAUUUCUACGUAAAUAAAAAGAGUCUAUAACUGAGUGGCAGAUUUAAUUAAUACAUCUUUUCACAUGAAGAAUAUAUAUUCAUUACCA